CACCUAAAUGUUUUCAUCCAGUUGAAGUGUGGUCCCGUGACUCAUUUCAUUUGAAUUUGAGCACAAACCUCUAGAUGUUUCCUGUUUCGAGCUACCCCUCCACUGAAGCUCGGAGUGGAUGGUAGAAAGUACACGCUUUACCGUUUUUUACUGACCCAUUCAUUUGCCUUCAGCGCGACACGUCAUUGGAGUUAGUUGGAGCAGUGAACCAGGAUUGGGAUGGUCCAGUCGUCAAUGUGACCUCUGUCCAGGACUGGACGCCGUGUAGGAGUGCUGAGGGGCUUGACCUGUUGACCCUUAAACCUCUGAACUCUGACCGCUCCAGCUCAGGAUGGAGGAGCAGUCCAGCUGCCCCAAUGUCAGCAUUCCCUGCUACCCCAAUGUCAGCAUUCCCUGCUACCCCAAUGUCAGCAUUCCCUGCUACAAUGAGCAGAGGGACAAGAAGAAGCGCUACACUGUUUACAAAGUGAUGGUCAAUGUAGGAAGACAUGAGUGGUUUGUCUUCAGGCGAUACGCAGAGUUUGACAAGCUCUACAACACAUUGAGGAAACUGUUUCCAUCUUUGAACUUGAAAAUCCCACCCAAGAGAAUAUUUGGGGACAACUUUGACCCAGAGUUUAUCAAGCAAAGAAGAACAGGUUUACAUGAGUUUAUUCAAAGACUGGUCUCACAUCCUCGGCUCAGAAACCAGCCUGAUGUCAGAGCAUUCCUGCAGAUGGACAAAUCUCAAAACUUCUCAGACCCAUCAGAAGACGAAGAUGACAAGAACGGCUCUACCUCCAGAAAUAUUAACCUGGGACCGUCUGGAAAUCCACAUGCAAAGCCCACAGACUUUGACUUUCUCAAAGUCAUUGGAAAGGGGAGCUUUGGAAAGGUUCUCCUUGCUAAACGGAAACUGGACGGAAAGUAUUACGCAAUCAAGGUCCUGCAGAAAAGGGUCAUCCUCAACAGGAGAGAGCAGAAACACAUCAUGGCGGAGCGCAAUGUGCUACUGAAGAACAUGAAACACCCUUUCCUGGUUGGCUUGCAUUAUUCCUUCCAGACCACUGACAAGCUGUACUUCGUCUUGGAUUUUGUCAACGGGGGAGAACUCUUCUUCCAUCUUCAAAAAGAACAGACCUUUCCGGAACCCAGAGCCAAGUUCUACAUCGCAGAAAUGGCAAGCGCACUGGGCUAUCUGCAUUCUCUUAAUAUAGUUUACAGGGAUUUGAAGCCAGAAAAUAUCCUUCUCGACUCUGAAGGACAUAUAGUUUUGACUGACUUCGGGUUGUGCAAGGAAGGCAUUUCCCAAGCCGAGACGACAAGCACAUUUUGUGGGACACCUGAGUACCUAGCUCCAGAGGUCCUGAGGAAACAACCGUAUGACAACACAGUGGACUGGUGGUGUCUGGGAUCAGUGCUCUAUGAAAUGCUCUUUGGCCUGCCUCCGUUCUACAGCAGAGACACCCAUGAGAUGUAUGACAACAUCCUUCACAAGCCCCUGAUGAUGCGUCCCGGAGCGUCAAACACGGCCUGGUCCCUCCUGCAGGCUCUACUGGAGAAGGACGGCACACACAGACUGGGCUCCAGAGAUGAUUUUAAUGAGAUCAAAGCGCACUACUUCUUCUCAGAGAUCAACUGGGAUGACCUGGAACAGAGGAAGGUUCCACCUCCAUUCACUCCCAAUGUGAAUUCUCCUCAUGACAUCACAAACUUUGAUCCAGAAUUCACAGGCGAGACUGUUACGAACUCUGUGUGCUAUACUGAAGAGUCCAUAGUCAACGCCAUCGUGAUGGAGGCUGACGAUGCCUUCCUAGGUUUCUCCUAUGCACCACCCUCAGAUGACUCCUUUCUAUGAGACUCGCUGUGAGUCCCUGCCCCAGAGUUCUGUGAAAUUGCCUUAACUCCGUGUUCUUCCAUCAUGGUCCUGUUGAUCCACAGGGUAUGCAGGCUUUUGUUCCAACCCAGUAGAGCUUGUCGAUUAGUUUAAUCAUGUGUGUUAGUGCUGGGCUGGAAGGAAGGCCUGCCCACCCUGCUGGUCUCCAGGAUCAGGACUGAAGAACAGUGCCUUAACCUGUCCAGAUUAUUUUGAAUAAAAGGGAACUCCUACUGUGGAUGAACCCGUAAAGCGAGCAGAAGUUGUGAUCAGACAGCACUUAUGAAUAUGGUUUGGGCUGCAGUGUGUCAAGAAAUCUUUAUUUUUACCUAAUUAUAUUUAUAUAACAAUAUAUUUUUAAGAAAUGUAGGCCAUCUUUCUUGACACGUAUUGUUUGUUGGCUUAUGUUUAUCCACAAAAAAGUGGUGUCAAUGUUGGUCCUUUUGUUUGAAGAAAAGAUACACAUUCAGUGUCUUUUCAGGAUGGGAUGGGUAAAACUAAUCCCCAAAAUAAAAUCCAAGUUUAGAACUAGAGUCCUUCAUUAAAACAAUACCAAGGCAUUGUGCUCUCCACUUCUCUCUACAAAGCUAAGGGAUGGUGCUGGAGAAAUGUAACCGCUUUCAAAUUCAUAGACAGCUAUGGAUACAAGGACUGACUAUCCAUGAUAUCAAAUGUAUAGUUUUGAGGCUAUACAGUGUUUUUUUUUACAUUUACAUUGUUUACAAACUUAUUUUGUGUUCUAACGGGUACAACAGGUGAACUAAGCUCAUGAGCCAUUCAUGAGUUAUAUUCUUCAAUAAUCAAUGGGUAUAUACAUUGAGUGGACAAAGCAUUAGGAACAUCUGCUCUUUCCAUUACAAACUGACCAGGUGAAUCAAGUUGAAAGCUAUGAUCUAUUAUUGAGGUCACUUGUUAAAAUCCACUUCAAUCAGUGUAGAGGAAGGGGAGGAGACAGAAAAUGAUUUUUGGGCCUCGAGACAAUUGAGACAUGGAUUGUGUGCCAUUCAGAGGGUGAAUUGGCAAGACAAAAUAUUUAAGUGCCUUUGAACGGGGUAUGGUAGUAGGUGCCAGGCGGACCGGUUUGAGUGUGUCAAGAACUACAACGCUACUGGGUUUUUCACGCUCAACUGUUUUCCGUGUGUAUCAAGACUGGUCCACCACCCAAAGGACAUCCAGACAACUUUACACGACUGUGGGAAGUGUUGGAGUCUACGUGGGCCAGCAUCCCUGUGGAACACUUUUGACAACUUGUAGUGUCCAUGCCUUGAUGAAUUGAGGCUGUUCUGAGGGGAAACGGUGGUGCAAAUCAGUAUUAGGAAGGUGUUCUUAAUGUUUUGUACACUCAGUGUAUAUACCCAUUGAUUAUAACUCACGAAUGCCUCAUGAACUUAGUUCACCUGUUGUACCUGUUAGAACCCAAAAUAAGUAUGGAGCAACUAAGGAUUCUAGCUUUAAAAGUGUAAGUGAGGAAUGAAACAACUUCCCCAAUCAUUUGUGUUCCACUUUAAAAACAGACUGUGGCCUUAAUGAAAUGACAGUGAACAUAUUAUAUUCUCUCAGAAGAACAGCUGAAAGGAAUUGUGUUUUGUCUCUUCUCUCUUUAAAAGAUGGCUUAUCUUAGUUCAUUUUUUUUCUCAAUGGGGGAAUACUUGAGAGGUCACUGAAUAGAGUCUUGUGUUGACAGGUCAUUUCAGUUCAUAUUUUGAUGAAGUUCAUCGACCUUUUCUGUGAUGGCUCCAUCCAUGACUUUACCUUGCAAACAGAUGCUGAGCCAUCUGAUUGCUUUCUAGCUAUGUUGGUUGCUUGCCUGUCUGUAUUAUAGCUUACAUCUCUUAAUCUUGCUUUAAUUGACACUCUGAUAAUACUCAAAUCCUCAACCACCAUCAUUUUGGGUUUUCACACAAUUUCUAGGUAGUGAGUGUGGUCAACAGUCCUCAUUGUUCAAUAUAAGGAUUUAAUGAGUAAGUCCUGUACACAAAAUAAGAAUGAAACAACUAUGUAGUGUGUUUUAGGAUGUACAGUGUAUUCAGACGCCUUGACUUUUUCCACAUUUUGUUACGUUACAGCCUUAUUCUAAAAUUGAUUAAAUAAAAAAUACCCAAUAAUA